CGUCUUUCGUUCUCCUCCACCGUCAUUCACUUCACUCACCAGACAGACCUCCCAACUCCUCCGUCCUGGCUGAGCAGCUGCCACGUCAUCCCCCUCCCACCGCCGGAGAUACCAACGCAACGCUGAUACACUCUGUUGGAGAAGCUGAAUCAGGCUCUUUUGCUGGUGCCACAAAGUUAGAAGUUUUACGUGUUAUGACAAAAUGUGUGCUGCUGCUGCUGCGACUUCCUCAUUCGCACCUGCUCGCACUCUUGGGUUUGGCAUCGACGUCGGUGCAAGACAGGAAAUCAGAACUUCAUCUCAAUUCAAACUAGGCCACCUUUCUCUUUACUACUCAACUGCAACAAGGUGUGGUAGUUGGAAUGUUGCAGCUCACAGACGCUCUGGCCUGUUGGUUAUUUGUGGGGAUGGAUCUAACAGUGGAAAGAUAACGAAUGAGAAGAAGAAGAAGAAGAAGAGAAAGAAGUUGAUUAAUACAGAUACGAAGGAAGUUGAUAAAGUGGAUGUCCCUGAGUUACAAGUAUCCCAGCAAGAGCCAUCUUCCUCAGUGUCAGUAAUGAAGACGCUGGAUGAUGUUAACCCAAUUGGGUUGGGCAGGCGUUCACGGCAGAUCUUUGAUGAGGUGUGGCGUAAAUUCUCUGGAUUGGGACAGAUCUCUAGGACCACCCGCACCAAUGAUGAGAUGAGUCUUCUUAUUGGCGAGAGUGGUCCAAUGUGUGAGUUUGCCAUUCCUGGUGCUCAGAAUACCACUGUCCUUGUCGUUGGUGCCACCAGUCGAGUUGGUCGCAUAGUUGUCCGCAAGCUCAUGUUGAGGGGAUACACUGUCAAGGCUCUAGUCCGGAAAGCCGAUAAGGAUGUGCUGAAUAUGCUGCCAACUUCUGUUGAAAUAGUCACAGGGGAUGUUGGUGAUCCUUCUAGUCUCAAGACUGCUGUAGAAGGUUGUAACAAAAUUAUCUUUUGCGCUACAGCUCGUUCCUCAAUCACUGGGGAUCUGAACAGGGUCGAUAAUGAAGGAGUUUACAAUAUUGCCAAGGCAUUUCAGGACUACAAUAAUGAACUAGCUCAACUACGAGCAGGAAAAAGCAGCAAAAGCAAGCUGCUAAUUGCAAAGUUCAAGUCUGCUGAUUCACUGGAGGGGUGGGAAGUUCGUCAAGGGACAUACUUCCAAGAUGUUAUUGCUUCUAAAUAUGAUGGAGGGAUGGAUGCAAAAUUUGAGUACACAGAGAAUGGAGCUGCAAUUUUUUCAGGGUAUGUCUUCACCCGAGGUGGCUAUGUGGAGUUGGUAAAGAAGCUUUCACUUCCUCUGGGUUCCACACUUGACAGGUAUGAGGGUCUAGUACUAUCUGUCGGUGGAAAUGGGCGGUCUUAUAUAUUUAUCCUUGAAGCUGGUCCAUCUGCAGACACAACUCAAAGCAAAAUAUAUUUUGCAAGAAUCAGCACAAAAGCUGGAUUUUGCAGGGUGAGAGUGCCAUUUUCAUCCUUUCGACCAGCGAAACCAGAUGAUCCACCAUUGGAUCCAUUUCUUGUACAUACUUUAAUCAUACGUUUUGAACCAAGAAGACAGCAGAAACCUGUUGAGAGCCCUAAUGGAGUGAAGCAAGACUUAAGAAGUUUUAAACUAAUGUUGGAGUACAUCAAAGCUUUGCCUACUGGACAAGAGACGGAUUUUGUCUUGGUUUCAUGUACUGGAUCAGGAAUGGAACCCAACAGAAGGGAGCAGGUCUUGAGAGCUAAGAAGGCAGGAGAAGAUUCACUGAGAAGAUCAGGCCUUGGGUACACUAUUAUUCGUCCGGGUCCUCUGAUGGAAGAACCAGGUGGGCAGCGGGCUCUCAUUUUUGACCAGGGAAACAGGAUAUCUCAGGGAAUAAGCUGUGCUGAUGUGGCCGAUAUUUGUGUCAAGGCAUUGCAUGAUUCAACUGCAAGGAACAAGAGCUUUGAUGUCUGUUAUGAGUAUGUGGCUGAGCCUGGGAAACAACUAUACGAAUUGGUUGCACAUUUACCUGACAAAGCAAAUAACUAUUUGACACCAGCACUUUCGGUUCUAGAGAAGAACACAUAAAAAGCUCGAUUCAUUAAAGAAGAACACAUAACACCUUGAUUUCAGUAUACAAGUUCGAUAGAAACCACACACUCUUUAGGCAAGGAACUGCAGUUUGUUUGUAAAGAGAAAUUGCACGUCUCUUAUGUUGGGAAAUUUUUGUGUACGUGUAGUUCGUUCCUUUUUUCUUUUUUUUUGGUUGACAAAGGAACUCGCAGCUGCUACUCGAGAGUGCGCACUCGGUAAAUCCCGCCCCCAAUGCAAUGGACCGCCAACUCAUGCAUUUCGUUCCUGUUGGCAACUUCUACAUGUGAUUGAAGACAGCAUCAAGGUAUUUAUUUGAACUGCAAAAAUCAUUCGCCUCCUUAACAUUUAACAUUCAAUUCAAUUGACUGUGUAUAGAAAAUUUGGUUGGAGCCA